AUGUCCAGACUAGACCGAUUGGUAAUUCUAUUAGAGACAGGCUCGACUCCAUUUAUAAGAAAUACAGCUGCUGAUCAAUUAUCAGAUUUAGCAAAAGGACAUCCAGAAGAAAUUAUUAGUUUAUUAGGAAGGGUAUAUCCUUAUUUAAAAUCACCUAAAUGGGAAACAAGAAUUUCUGCCGCCAGAGCAUUUGGUGGAAUUGUUAACAAUGCAGAAAUAUGGGAUCCAAAUUCUGAAAAAGCAAUUAAGCUUGAGCAAGACGAAGCUAAUCUUGUAAAACAAGAAUUAACUGAGUCUACAAUUGUGAAACAAGAAGAUGAAGAAAUAAAAAUUAAAUUGGAACAAGAUGAGGAAUUGAAAAAGUUGGAUGAUAAUUUAUCAAAUCUAGUUGAUUUUAACUCAUUCAGCCUACAUGAAUUAAUUAAAAGUCAUGUGAAAUUAUUAGCAACGAAAUCAGACGAAAAUAACGACGAUACGGUUAAUGAUGACGAUAGAACAUUAAUUGCAAAGAUAAAACGACAUAGAAUUUCAAUAUUAAAACCCGAAGUAGAUGAUACAGACAUGGAUAGGUCCGAAACAGCAAGUCCAACACCACAAGAUAUGAAACUAGAACAAAAUCCAGAAAUCAAACUUGAAUAUAGCAACACACCAAGUGCAUCUGCAACACCAUCCCCAGUACAACCCUCAUCUAAGCCAGUUUCAAGUGCAAGAUUGAAAGCAAUUCAAAAGAGAAGAGCAAAAGUCAAUGCCAAAUCAAAUGCAAAUAGAGUGAAAACAGUUGAUAUUUCUCAAAGUUCAAUCUCGAGACAAAUGAUUGAAAAUGGAGAAGGAAUGGAUAUAGAUAGUCCUACUUCUGAAUCACCCCAAUUCGAUAUUACUUCUCAACAAGGUGGAGAAAAAUUAGUGGUUGAAACAAAAGCACCCGAAUUAUCACCAUUAUUAUCUCAGCAUAGCAAAGUAGCCGGACUAGUAUGGCAAUUCCAAGGUGUUUAUGAAUUGCUAUUAGCAGAUUUAUUUGAUGAUAAAUGGGAAAUCAGACAUGGUGCCGCAUUGGGAUUAAGAGAAUUAAUUCGAAAACACGGUAAAGGUGCCGGUAGAGUUAUGAACAAACCCCGUGAAGAUAAUGAUAGAAAUAAUGCAGCUACCUUGGAAGAUUUGGCAGUUAGGCUAUGUAUUUUGUUUUGCCUUGAUCGAUUUGGAGAUUAUGUUAGUGAUACUGUUGUUGCACCUGUUCGUGAAUCUUGUGCACAAACAUUGGCGGCGUUAUUGAUUCAUUUGGAUGAUGAAACUGUCAUCAAGACUUUUGAUUGCUUGAAUACCUUGGUUUUACAAGAAGAGCUAGUUCCAAAAUGUUGGGAAGCAAAGCAUGGUGGAAUGUUAGGUGUAAGAUACCUUGUAAGUGUUAGAACUGAUAUAUUAUUGAAGAAUCCAGAUAUGUUAGAUAAAGUGGUUAAUAUGGUGCUACAUGGAUUAAAAGAAAGUGACGAUGAUGUUCAAGCUGUUGCUGCAUUAACAUUGACACCAAUUGCAUCAGAUUUUGUCUCAACAAUGAAAAGCUCAGUUCAUACUUUAUUAACUGUUAUUUGGGAUUGUCUUGUUAAUCUUCGUGAUGACUUAUCAGCAUCAAUUGGUUCAGUUAUGGAUUUGUUAGCAAAAUUAUGUAGUCAUAAGCAGGUGAUAGAAAUUAUGCAAAAGGAAGCUAUUAAGAAUAAUGCUAAUUCUUUUGAAAAUUUGGUGCCAAGAUUAUUUCCAUUCUUAAGACACUCAAUUACAAAUGUGCGAAAAGCAGUAUUGAGAACUAUUUUGGAAUUUUUAUCAAUUGAUGAUCCAGCGACUAAAACUUGGAUAGGUUCCAAAACCUUAAGAUUAAUCUUUCAAAAUUUGCUAGUUGAACAGAAUCAAGAUGUAUUAAAAUUAUCUACUGAAGUAUUUGAUAAAUUAUUAUUGGAAAUCAGUACAAGCAAGACCAUUAAAGUCGAUAAGAUUUUUACAUCUCAAGCAACUGCAUUAUUAACAUUGACAAUGACUCCUAUUGGGAUCUCAAGACAUAAUUACCAAAUGAACACCUCCUUAAUCAUGAGACCAUCCGGGCAAUUGCUUGGUCCUCUAGACGAUGAAGAUAAACGUGGGAAAAAGAGAAAACCACAAGAAGAAUCCAAUUCAGAUAUCCCAAUUGAAGAUUUGAAAGUUAAUAUAGAUGCUCCAAUGUAUAAAGGUGAUGUUAUGCUAGUUGGAUAUGAUAGAUUUAUUGCAUGUAGAUGUUCUGCAGCUCAUGCAUAUGGUACUAUUUUGGCAUAUUUGGAAUCGGAAGAAACGUUAUUGAAAAUAUUUACAUCAAUUUUAAAUUAUUUGAAGUCACCACAUGCAACUUCUAGAUUACUUGGUUCAUUUAUCAUUCAAGAAUAUGCUGCUUGUCUAGAAUCUAGGGAUAUUAAAGUGAAUGGGAAAAUAGUGGAUUUACUUUCGGAGACUUUAUUAAAUGUUUUACUAUCACCAGAAACAUUACCACAUUUCCGUGAAUUGGUACCUACUUUAAAAUCAGUGAGAACUUCAUGUUUACAACUAUUUGAUGUGUUUAUAAAUACUGCCAAGAUUUCACCAUCAAAGAUCCCACAACUACCUGUAGUGGUUCAAGGAGAAGCAGAUGCUGGUCCAAGUGCAUUUGGAAUUGAGAAUGCUGAAAAAUUAUGCAAUGAAACAUUUGACAAAUUAAAGAAAUCAUUAUCGACAACUUAUAGAUUAUCCGCUAAUCAAGCCCUUGACGAUGCAAAGUAUAGAAUCACAAUUGCCAUUGAUGAAGCACGAAUUGCAAGUACUGGAAGAAUAAAUAGUAUAUUGGCCGGUUACGCAUCUGCUAUUUUAUCGUUAUCUGGUGUUCCAAAGAAACUCAACCCAAUAAUUCGAUCAUUAAUGGAUAGCAUAAAAUCAGAAGAAACAUUAAUCUUACAAAAACGUUCGGUUAAAGCUAUGGCUAAAUUAAUCAAAGAACUUAAUUUAAUUGGUAAAAAGGGACCAGCUGAUAAAAUUGUGAAAAAUCUUUGUGCAUUUUUAUGUGUUGAUACUUCUGAAGUACCUGAAUUUCAUCAUAAUGUUAGUUUUACAAACAAUAUAUUAUCAUUAAGAAAAGAAGAAGCAAAGAGUGAUCCAGUUGACCUUGCUGCUCAUGAACGAGCAGUAUAUGAGGCUAGAAUCAAAAGAAAUGGGUCAUUGAUGGCUUUAGAAGAAUUAUUGAAGAUUUAUUUAUCUAAAUUAUUUGAUGAAGUACCAAAAUUGAAAGAAAUUAUGAUUGAUCCAUUGAAAUAUUUGGAAAAUUCAUCCAGUGAAGAAAUUGUCAAAGAUGAAUUGAAAUGUCAGAGUAUUAUUGAUGCUUUGGGUAUUUUGAGAGCUUUGUUACCUAAGUUGGAUAAAUCAUUAUAUCCCGAGAUCACCGAUAAUUUGGAGUUAUUAUUACCCGGUUUAAAAUCUGAUUAUUCAGUUUUCCGUUAUUCAACAGCAAAAUGUUUGGCAACCAUUUGUUCAGUUGUCCCAACUAAAGCAUUUACAUUCUUGGUUAAAUCAGUAUUGCCAAUGUUAAAUAAUGCCGGUUCAAUCAAAGAAAGACAGGGGGCUAUUGAAACUAUCUAUCAUAUUUCUACAACUAUGGGAUCAGACAUUUUACCAUAUAUUGUGUUCUUAAUUGUUCCAGUUUUGGGUAGAAUGAGUGAUUCAGACCAUGAUGUACGUGUAUUAGCAACCACAACAUUUGCAGCUAUUAUUAAAUUAGUACCCUUGGAAGCUGGUAUUCCUGAUCCUGAAGAUAUGCCACAAGAAUUAUUAGAAGGAAGAGAUCGUGAACGUGAUUUUAUUCAACAGAUGAUGGAUCCUACCAAAAUUAAACCAUUUGAUUUACCAGUGACUAUUAAAGCUACAUUACGUAAAUAUCAACAAGAGGGGGUUAAUUGGUUACAUUUCUUGAAUAAAUAUCAUUUACAUGGAAUUUUAUGUGAUGAUAUGGGAUUGGGUAAAACCUUGCAGACCAUUUGUAUUAUGUCAUCAGAUCAUCAUAUUCGAGCUGAUAGAUUCAAAGAAACACAAUCACCUGAAUUUAGAAGAUUGCCGUCAUUGGUCAUUUGUCCUCCUUCAUUGACUGGUCAUUGGGAACAAGAAAUUAAUCAAUAUGCUCCAUUUAUGAGUGUUUUAGUAUAUGCUGGUAAUCCAGCAACAAGAAUUCCAUUAAGAUCAAAGUUUGCCGAUGUUGAUGUUGUUGUUACUUCAUAUGAUGUGAGUAGAAAUGAUGUUGAUUAUAUUUCUAGUCAAGAUUAUAAUUAUUGUGUUUUGGAUGAAGGUCAUAUCAUCAAGAAUGCUGCUUCAAAAUUGACUAAGUCGGUUAAGAGAGUAAGAGCUGAACAUAGGUUGAUUUUAUCUGGUACUCCAAUUCAAAAUAAUGUUUUAGAAUUAUGGUCAUUGUUUGAUUUCUUAAUGCCUGGGUUUUUGGGGACUGAAAAGAUUUUCCAUGAAAAGUUUGCUAAACCAAUUGCAGCCAGUAGAAAUAGUAAAACAUCUUCAAAGGAACAAGAAGCAGGUGCAUUAGCAUUGGAAUCCUUACAUAAACAAGUUUUACCAUUUAUGUUACGUCGUCUUAAAGAAGAUGUUUUAUCUGAUUUACCACCAAAGAUUAUUCAAGAUUAUUAUUGUGAAUUGAGUGAAUUACAACGGAAAUUAUAUAAGGAUUUUGCGAAAUCACAAAAAGCUACAGUUCAAGAAGAGGUCACAACUCAAGGGAAAGAAAAAGAAGGUAAGACACAUGUAUUCCAAGCAUUACAAUAUAUGAGGAAAUUAUGUAAUCAUCCUGCAUUAGUAUUGUCGCAACUGCAUCCAAAAUACGCUGAAGUUUCUGAGUUUUUACAGAAGAGAAAUUCAGAUUUAAGAAGUAUUGAACAUUCACCUAAAUUGUUGUCAUUGAAGACUUUGUUAUUGGAAUGUGGUAUUGGUGUUAAUGAUAGUGAUUAUCUCUCGAAUAAGUUCAAACAGAGACAAAAACAACAACAGCUGCAAUUAAUUUCUGCUGAAGGAGUGAUAUCGGAACAUCGUGCAUUGAUUUUCUGUCAAUUGAAAGAUAUGUUAGAUAUUGUUGAGAAUGAAUUGUUGAGGAAACAUUUACCGUCAGUUACAUAUAUGAGAUUAGAUGGUAGUACUGAUCCACGAGAACGUCAAUCUAUUGUUCGUAAAUUUAAUGAGGAUCCAUCAAUUGAUAUAUUGUUGUUAACUACGAAAGUUGGUGGGUUGGGGCUUAACUUAACUGGUGCCGAUACUGUUAUAUUUGUUGAACAUGAUUGGAACCCUAUGCAAGAUUUACAAGCCAUGGAUAGAGCUCACAGACUAGGACAAAAGAAAGUGGUGAAUGUCUAUAGAUUAAUCACCAAGGAUACAUUAGAAGAAAAGAUUAUGGGAUUACAAAAAUUCAAGAUGAAUAUCGCAUCUACAAUCGUUAAUCAACAAAAUGCAGGAUUACAAUCAAUGGAUACUAAUCAAUUGUUAGAUCUUUUUGAUGUGGAUGAAAGUGCUACUGCUGCAGUUACAAGUACAGGAGAUGAACGUGAAGAUCAACAAUCUGGUGAUAGAAAAGAUGCUACUAAUAAUAAUAUGCCAGAAGAUUUAGCUGGUGGUCUUACUGGUAAGGCUGCUGGAGCAGUUGGUGAAUUAUCAGCCUUAUGGGAUGAAUCACAAUAUGAAGAAGAAUAUAAUCUUGAUAAUUUUAUUAAAACACUUAAAUAG